AUGGCGGCGAAAGGCCAAAAAGUUGGUGGAAAGGGGAGCAAAAGCUCCCUUUCCAAUUCAUCACAGGCGAAAGGCGACUCUAAAAAUAAGAAAAAAGUUACCCUUGAAGGAGAUGAUGAAGCUGAUGAGAAAGAAGGAAGCUUUGCAUACAAAAUUCUAUCAGAAGAUCAAUGCAAAACACUUCUUGGGCAAGAUGUUGAUGAAAUACAAAUAACAUUAUGUGAUAUUUUCAAACUACACAACUACACUACAGACCUGCGUGAUGCUGGAGUGCUAGAUUACUACACUGGGGCUGUGUGGUGGGGUAAAGAACAAGGCUUCCAUCCUCAACAACUGUCAGGCUUCUUCACAGUUAUACACACACUACUGGAUAAUGUGAAAGAACAACAUAUGGCAAUGGUAGACAACUUGAAAGAAUUUAAGAAAAUGUUAAUUGGGAUUGAUCCAGAGUAUCAGGAAAUUAAGUCGGCUGGUUUAGAUUUCUUCAAUACACAACAGGCUAAAGCCUUAACAAUCUACGUCAGCACUUGUCUUUUUCAACACUAUAAGCUGUAUGAAUUAAUGUUUACUCAAACCCAAGCUGAGGAAAUCAUUGGUACUGAUUUGGAGAUAGAGACAGCCAAGCCUGCGAGUGUACCCUUUCCCCCACCCCUGGAUGAAGGCGUGUCCGAGGAGAUGUUUGCCUCCUAUAUAGCUACUCCUCCCCCUACACCAGAACCUGAGCAGGUAGUUAAAAGUGAAGGUGGUUUUGCAGGAGAGGUGGAUGAAGGAGACAAAGCAAUGGAGGACUUGGAGACUAAAUUGGACACAGACAUUUUCUCUGAACUCACAGUAGAUGAUGUACGACAGGUCAUAGAGAGUGUAGCAAAAGAGCUACUGGACCCGUUACAGAGUGACAUUGCAGCAAAACUUCGGGAAAAGGAAAAUAUUCUCAUUGGAAGAAUCAACAAAGUUCACAAAGUGGCAGAAGAAGGAUCUCCGUGAAAGUAGUAGUAGUUAUGUAACUGUGGGUAUACUAUAACUUUUCAACAGUCAUUACAUGCUUUAUCAAAGCAGAUAGGAAGCCUGAUCAAACUAGAGGAGCAAAAUUGUGCAAUGGACAAGACAGACCUGGCUCAAAUUCCUGGAGAUGGAAGUAUUAACCUACAACACUGAUUCUAAAGCAAAUAGAAAUAAUGAUGAAGUCUGAUGAAUGCAUACUUUAUGUUUAUAUUUUCAUAUUUAACUCUUGAAAAGAAUAUGAUGGUGAAUGAAG